CAUGCUUCAGUUUACUAUGGCGAGUUCUGUGGACACGGAGGGUGCCGGCACCCGCCCGGCGGGGGACACGGAGGCUACCGGCACCCGCCCGGCGGGGGACAGUCUCUGUCCCAGCACGGGGGACCCGGGGUCAGACGCCGCCCUCUUGCCCGAUCUGAAUGAGAUGAGACUUCUGGAAACUUUAAAGAGCCGCUUCCUGGAGCAGAAGAUCUACACGUAUAUCGGAGACAUCCUGGUCGCGAUGAACCCUUUCCGGGAGCUGCCGAUGUACGGCACGGAGGUCUCGGACGCGUACGGCUCCAAGCCUCUCGUUUCGCUGCCCCCUCACAUAUUUGCGGUGGCCGAUCGGGCGUACAGCGCUCUGCAGGGGGGGUCAGGAGGCAGCCCCCGAAACCAGUGCGUUGUGAUAAGUGGGGACAGCGGGGCUGGAAAAACCGAGAGCACCAAACUCAUACUCAAGCACCUGGUGAGACGCAGCAGAGGAAGCCCCCGACUUGGCCAACAGAUCCUUCAGGUUAACCCUUUGCUCGAGGCGUUUGGAAACGCUCAGACCGUUAUGAACCAAAACAGUAGUCGGUUUGGAAAAUACAUCCAGCUGAGGUUCCGACGUGGAGCGGUCCGCGGGGCGAAGAUUAACGAGUAUCUCCUGGAGAAAUCGCGAGUUUCUCACCAGGACGCCGGCGAGAAGAACUUCCAUGUGUUUUACUACAUCCUGUACGGGAGCGGCCGGGAGGAGAAGGAGCUCUACGGCCUGCUGGAUCCAGCCAUGUACAGGUACAUUGGAGGAGAAUGUGCAGAACACGACCAGUGGGUUUCUGGGUAUCAGCGAGUGUGUAACGCCAUGCGCAUGGUGGGCUUCCAGGAUCAGGAAGAGCUGGAUCUGAAGGUCGUCCUCUCGGGGAUCCUGUCUCUGGGGAACAUUACGUUUGAACCCCAGGAAGCGGGUGGCGUUUCAGUAUCUGCGCCGACCGUGGGGUGGCUGAAAGCUGCAGCGGGGCAGUUUGGAGUCCAGGAGAAGGACCUGAACAACUGCUUGGUUUAUACGACAUCUUUGACCAGAGGGGAAUCCAUCCGCCGGUUACACACCAAGCAGCAGGCAGAGGACUCCAGAGACUCCAUCGCCCGCGUCAUUUACGCCCGAGUGUUUGGAUGGAUUGUUACUAAAGUGAAUGAGCUGCUUGUGGGGGAUCUGGAUGCAAAGGCUGAUUUCCAGGAGAUUGGAAUACUGGAUAUUUUUGGCUUUGAGAAUUUCUCAGUAAAUCGCUUUGAGCAGCUGUGCAUUAACCUGGCCAACGAGCAGCUCCAGAACUUCUUCAAUCACCACAUCUUUCUGAUGGAGCAGCAGCAUUACCGGGAAGAAGGGAUCAACCAGGAGACCGUGGCCUUCAAAAAUAACCAGGCUGUCCUGGAUCUGUUCCUUGCGCGGCCGUGGGGCAUCCUGUGUAUUCUCGAUGAACAGAGCUCUUUUCCACUGGCCUCCGACAGGUUGUUUGUGGAGAAGCUGACGAGUAGCUGCCGAGCCAAUCCUCACUUUGAACAGGUCCGCGGGAAGGACCCUGGAUUUAUUAUCCUCCAUUACGCAGGAAAGGUCCGUUACACGGUUGUUGGAUUUUUGGAAAAGAAUCGGGACACGCUGCCUGUGAACAUCCAGGGCCUUUUCAUGGACAGCGUCACCUCCUUAUUAAGUGUCCUCUUCACAGCCAGUAUUUCGAGGACAGGAACGCUGACGCCGGUGCAGAGAGACAAGGUACUGAUAUCUCAAGAAAGAGGACCGUCUCGCAAGAUGUCAGUGGGAGCGCAGUUUCGGAAAUCCCUCUCGGUUCUCAUGGAGAAGAUGUACUCCUCCAGCCCCCAUUUCAUCCGAUGCAUCAAACCCAACACUCAGAAGGACCCUCUCGUUCUGGAGACAGAAGUGAUUCUAAAUCAGCUUCGGUAUAACGGCCUGAUGGAGACGGUGCGGAUCCGCAGGGACGGCUUCUCCUGGAGGCCGACUUUCCAGGAAUUUGCUGGACGGUUUGGGAUCCUCCUCCGAAGACCUGACGUGGAUUUCAACAGAGAGAGUUGCCUGGAGGUCCUCCGGGGGGCGCAGCUGAGUGGUUGGCACUGCGGGGUGACCCGUCUUUUCUUUAAAUACUGGCACCAGGACCAGCUUGCCCAAUGUGUCUCGAGGCUGACGGCCGCCGCCGUUGUUCUCCAGAAGCGUUACAAAGCUUUACUCUGCCGCAGAAAAUACCGGAAGCUCCUACGGGAGCUGAAAUCACAGCAGGAGAGACUGCGGCUGGAGCAGGAGAAAGAGGCGGUGAGAGAGCGCGAGAGACUGCAGGAGGAGCAGCGCAGGGCUGCCUCCCGCCCGGUUCCUGCUCCGCGUAAGCGGCCUCCUCCGUCCAAGGUGUGCUCCGGGUCAGGUGAUGGUCCAUCUCGGCAACCAGUCCCGCGGCCACGGAGCCAGCUUGUUGAGCUCUCCCCGUUUGACAAUCCUAAACCCGACUCCCCGCGCGUCUCUCUCACCGCGGUCCACGGAAAAGAGGGGAAGAAGAAGAUGCUUCAGAGACGCAAAACCCUCCUCUGGUUCCAGGAAACCCAGGCGGACAAAGUGCGGAGCGACGGGGCCUUUCCAACAUGGCUGCACGGCAUGAUCUCCCGGCGAGAUGCUGAGAAUUUUCUGGCGGAUAAAGGACUCGGAGACUUCCUCAUCCGGAUCAGCCAGAACCGCGCGGGGUACAUUCUCACUUACAAGGGUCCGGCUCGCUGCAGACAUUACAUGAUAGACGUGCAGCCUAACGGAUGUUACGUCAUACUGGGGGAGGAUCAGGCCCACUGGACCCUCGAAGCUCUGGUGCGGUAUUAUCAUGGGACUGGGAUCCAGCCGUACGGAGAAGUCCUGGCGGAGCCGUGCGGGGCGGUUGCUAAUUGGGAGCCGGACUCUGAAGAGUUAAAGUUCUUGACAAAGACCCUUUCGCUGGGGAAUGAGAAUGCCCCCUCGCCGUAUCCUGCCCCCUGUCCACGCGACGAGCCUGGCCCGCAGCGCAUCCACCAGGCGUCGGCAGAUGUACCCAAGAAGAAGCUGCCAGAGACGUCUCCCCCGCGGCCCCAUCUGCACAGAUCCAUCCGCAUCGCCAUGCAGGAGAUCCAGCAGGCCUCUACGCUUUCCGCCAAGAACACCGGCACCUGACGCCCGGCGCUUGGCUGACAUGGAGCCGGUUUGAGGAGAAUAGAAGCGAUUCUGGGCUCGAUGCCGAGUUUCCACGUAGAAACCAACGAGAUGUUUUCAUGAUUCGGCCCCAGAAUGAAAAUCGCUUCUGGUGUCUGUUGGGGACGGAGAACCCGUUUUACAGCAGAGGCGCCUGGAGCGCUUCACGCAAACACGAUGUAACUGCGAGGCCCGCGCGCAAAUCGGCAGAAUUAGCAAAAGCCCCAAAUUGUGAUGGGGCACCAGGAGCGUGUUGGGGGAGGAGGGUAAAAUGAACGCAGUUUAAUACAUUUCAACCACAGAACUCGUCGUGUUCGAUAUUCUGGCGCAUUCCUCGCAUAAACAUGUAAAGCGUUUCGGUGAAUAUAAAUAAAUAUAAAUAAUUGCCCCAA